GGCGAGAAUAUUUGUAGAGUAAAUUUUAAAUAAAGUUUGAGUUUAAAUGGGCAUGCUAGACCCCGCGGCUGUUGCGCAGUUUUACUAUGGAUUUUUUUCAAUGACUUCGCUGGUCGCGUCGGGAAUGAGUAUGGGUUUUUCUUCAAUUGGAUUACCUGUUUUGACGAAUAACUCGUCGGGUUUUAAUGCUCUGAGACUUUUGAAUGGGCAUGAGAAUGCGGCAACUUGGUUUGCAUCAAUUAUUUCCAUCGCGAUCCCGUUUGGCUGCAUCGCCAGUGUCUUCACCAUGAGAGCCGGUAGAAAAAUUGCUAUGGUCAGUUCCGGAGCCAUUUCACUUCUAGGAUGGAUGUUAAUAGCAACGAGUUACAAUAUCCCCCAACUCCUGAUUGGCAGAUUCAUCACAGGGUUCGCGACCGGACUGGGGUCAAUUGCGGCUCCUGUUUACGUCUCAGAAAUAGCUGCGCCAAAAUACAGAACAUCUUUGACAGCAGCCACAAAUCUUUCCAUCAGCUUCGGAAUUUUACUGAUAUAUUUUUUCGGUUACAUAAUUCCCAACAAUUGGCGCCUCGUUUCGGCGGUCGUCGUAAUCAUUCCGAUCUUAUCAAUGACCUGCAUAAUAUUUUUCCUGCCAGAAAGUCCCAGAUGGUUGCUGACCAAAGGGUCAGAAGCCGAAGCCAAAAAUUCUCUGCUGACUUUACGUGGUUUGAAUUUUGAAACGAACGAAUUUUUGAUCGAAUUCGACCAAAUGAUCGUCUACCAUGGAAUUGGUACCAAAGUAUUCACUUCCGGUGAUCAGAAUAACCCGACCAAAGUGCUCACAAAAAUUAAGGAAAUAUGGAACGUUUUGAAGAAACCAGAAGUCUGGAAGCCAUUUUUUAUCCUGAAUACUUUCUUUUUGCUGCAACAAUUCUGCGGAAUUUACGUCGUGAUCGCUUACGCAGUUGACAUGGUCGUCAGAAGCGGAAUCGCCAUGGAUCCUUUUAUGGUCACGGUACUGAUAGGCCUGACCCAAACUAUUGCUGCGGUUGUUAUCACGAUUUGUAGCUCUAAAAUGGGCAGAAAAUUGGCGUCGAUUAUUUCGGCUACUGGAAUGUCGGUCUCAUUGGCGGUCUUAGCGGUUUGUCUCAAUUUCGAAAUGGAAAAUUCAGUGAUUCUAUUGGUCGCUUUGUUUACUUUUAUUGCCACUGGAUCAUUCGGAUUUUUGCCACUACCUUGGGCGAUGAUCGGCGAAUUAUACCCCACUAAAUACGUAAACUUUCUCGCCCCCAUAACGGCAUGUAUUGAAGGUUUUCUCAAUUUCGCCACAAUUCAAAUUUACCCGCCGCUGGCAAAGUGGGAUUUCACCGCCACUAUAUAUUUAUAUUGUUUUGUAUCCAUAGUGUCAAUAUUGUUCAUUGUUUUAAUCCUACCCGAGACUCACGGGCGCACUAAAACGCAAAUUGAACAUAAAUUUAAAUCAUAAUCACCAAUCUCAUAUUUAUUUUACUUAACACAAUAAAUAUUAAUUACCUACUUGAUAUA